AUGCAGGACAGAUGCACCAACCACGGCGUCGGAUUCCCACUCACGCAGGCGAUCAGCGUGUUGGUGAUCUCCCCCACCGCCUCCGGCGCGGCGCUCAGCACCGCCGUCUGCGUCUCCCCCACCUCCAACCGCAAGCGGCUCGGGCUGAAGCCGAACUUGCGCUCCUUUUCCUUCAAAAACCCAAAACUGACCUCGCAGGGGAAGCUGCCGGGGUUCACGAAGGUCAGCCGGACCUCGCCGACGUUGGUGGAGUUGGAGUCCAUGCUGGAGCUGGUGGUGGUGGUGGGGGCGGCGUGGAAGGAGGCCGAGCGGUCCCCCCGCCGAGGCUUCACCGUCGGCGAGGGAAUGAGAAUCGAGCCGAAGUAA